UAUUAUUAGAAAACAUAUAAGAUAUAUAAACUCAUAAUAUAUAUAGUCCCAAAUUUCCCUGCCAAAGCUUCAAAGUCCAUCCCCCAUUUGCGCGCAAGGUAACUGUAAUUCGCAACUGAAAAGCUUCUAGCUCAGAAUAAUGGAUUGCAUAUUCUCGAGCUCUAUCGUCUCUUCCAUUAUGGUGAAAGGAAAUGGAGGAAUCAGCUGCCAGAUUUCGAUGGCUCGUUUCAUGGCGAAUGCCAGAAGACGACUGCCCAAGAACCUUCUCAAUCCACGACGGACCAAGCUUCCCCCUGAUCCCGGCGUCAAUCAAUUCUUGAAGAACACAACCUCCGGCUCUGGCCCCUCCUUCACAGAUUUCACUUCCAGCGAGAAAAUCGAGUUUCCCGAGGAAGAACACGACGACCACGAAGAAGCUGACACUGAGAAUUAUUUCGUCGAUGAUAAGGACGGUGAAAUUAUUUGGGAUUCGGAUGAAAUUGAAGCUAUUUCAUCACUCUUCCAAGGCAGAAUCCCUCAGAAACCUGGUAAGUUGAACCGGGAGAGGCCUCUUCCGCUCCCACUUCCUCACAAGCUACGACCACCAGGACUUCCUAACCCUAAAAUCCGAGCAAGAACGGGCGUUCCUUCGCGUGCAUCGCUAUCUAAGCAAGUCUACAAGCGCCCCGAUUUUCUUAUCGGCCUUGCCAGAGCGAUUAGAGAUCUGUCUCGGGAGGAAAAUGUGUCCAAAGUUCUCAAUAGGUGGGCUCCGUUUUUGCUGAAGGGGUCCCUGUCAUUGACGAUCAGGGAACUGGGUCAUAUGGGUCUCGCCGAUAGAGCUUUACAGUCGUUCUGUUGGGCGCAAGAACAACCUCGACUCUUUCCAGAUGAUCGUGUUUUGGCCUCAACCGUUGAGGUCCUCUCGAGGAACCAUGAACUGAAAGUACCACUGAACUUGGAAGAGUUCACUAGACUGGCUAGUCGUGGUGUGCUCGAGGCGAUGAUAAGAGGGUUUAUCAAAGGUGGGAGCUUAAACCUUGCUUGGAAGCUUCUUGUAGUUGCCAAGAAGGGUAAUAGAAUGUUGGAUCCCAGCGUUUAUGUGAAAUUGAUAUUGGAGCUAGGGAAGAACCCUGAUAAAAACAUGCUGGUACUUACCUUACUGGAUGAACUAGGACAAAGAGAAGCCUUGAAAUUAAACCAGCAAGACACAACAGCUAUCAUGAAGGUCUGCACUAGGCUUGGUAAAUUUGAAAUUGCAGAGAGACUUUAUGGCUGGUAUGUAGAAUCUGUACAUGAACCUAGUGUGGUUAUGUACACUGCUUUAAUUCAUAGUCGCUACUCAGAGAAGAAAUAUAGAGAGGCAUUAUCUGUGGUGUGGGAAAUGGAGGCUGCAAACUGUCCUUUUGAUCUUCCUGCUUAUAAUGUAGUGAUAAAGCUUUUUGUUGCUCUUGGUGAUCUCUCAAGGGCUGCUAGAUACUUUGCAAAGCUUAAGGAAGCUGGUUUUGCCCCUACAUAUGACAUAUAUAGGAAUCUGAUUACCAUUUAUUUAGUUUCAGGGAGGUUAGCAAAGUGUAAGGAAAUUUAUAAGGAAGCCAAGAAUGCAGGAUUUAUUAUUGAUAAACAAAUUACUUCGAGGCUGUUGCAAUGUGCAAGCAGAAAGAUGAUACGUUCCUAAUAUUGUCAAGACAGUUGUGCUCCUGGUACCGAAACUUCCCCGUAUGUUGAAAAACUAAAAAGAUAAUGAAAAAAAAUUGCAUCAAAAUU